AUGAGGCUCUAUCUACUUCUCUAUACUCUACUCUUCCUCUUGACCCUCUUACCUCCAGUUAGAAGCGGCUUAGCUGCGGCUGACAUGACCUGCGUGGGUCUGGAGGGCAUCUGUAGAAGAGACGUUUGCAAACUGAUAGAAGAUGAAAUCGGUGGUUGCCGGAGAAGAUGGAAAUGUUGCAGGCCAUGGUGGAUUCUCCUGCCGAUCCCAACUCCGGUUAUCUUUUCAGACUAUCAAGACCCCAUCAAGAGCAAGAUGAAAUAA